AUGACUCCCUUGUCAGGUAUUCGUCUCUUUCACACCACAAGAGCUGCUAGAAUGUCCUAUACUAUCAACAAAUCGGCAAUAACCACUGAAAAUGGUAUUCUAUCAGCUGUUGGUAACACUCCCUUGGUGAAGCUUGAGAAAUUGUCCAAGGAGACCGGUAGAAACAUCUAUGGUAAGGCCGAAUGGAUGAAUCCCGGUGGUUCUGUCAAGGACCGUGCUGCCUUGUUCUUCAUUGAGAAGGCUGAAGAGAGGGGACACAUCAAGCAAGGUGGAACUAUUGUUGAAGGUACCGCUGGUAACACUGGUAUUGGGUUGGCGCACAUUUGUCGUGCCAAGGGGUACAAGUGUGUCAUCUAUAUGCCAAACACUCAAUCGCCUGCUAAGAUGGAGACCCUAAGAUUACUGGGCGCUGAAGUUCAUCCUGUUCCUGUUGUGCCAUUUGACAAUCCUGAAAAUUUCAAUCAUAAGGCCAGAAGACACGCAGAAAGUAUGGAAAACGCAUACUGGACUAACCAAUUCGACAAUUUAGACAAUAGGCAGGCCCAUAUUGAAAGCACGGGGCCUGAAAUCUGGAACCAGCUUAACGGUAAAGUUGAUGCAUUCACCUGUUCCUCUGGUUCCGGUGGCACCUGGUCUGGUAUAACGAGGUAUUUGAAAACAGUGAAUCCAAAAGUCAAGUCUUACAUCACCGAGCCACCAGGAUCUUGUUUAUACUCCUACGUCAAGACAAACGGUGAAAGUUUGGCAAGAGAAGGAGGCUCUUUCACCGAAGGUGUUGGUCAAGGUAGGGUUACUAAUAACGUUGCGCAAGAUAUCAAACUAGCUGAUGACUCCUUCUUGAUCGCAGAUCAAAAGUCGCUCAACAUGGUCUACAAAUUGAUCGACGAGGAAGGUUUAUUCCUGGGUGGCACCUCUGGAUUGAAUGUUGCUGGUGCCGUCGAAGCAGCUUUACUUUUGCCAGAAGGUUCCAAUGUUGUCACGAUUCUAGCGGAUUCUGCCCAUAAAUAUGCAAGUAAGAUUUUCUCCAAGAAGUUUUUGAUUGAAAAGAACCUGUAUGAGGAUAUUCCAGAGCAUUUGAAAAAAUAUGCCAGUUUAGAAUAA